AUGAAGGCUUUGGUUGCCGAGGGCUUCGCGAUCGGCGGCGGCGUGAGGGGAGCAGGAGGAGGGACAGCCCCAGGCAGCCGCGUGUCGUACGGAGGCGGGAGUGCGGCGACGGUCGCAGGUGCGCAGGCGGGAGUCGCAGAUGAGGGGGCGACGGUCGCAGGUGCGCAGGCGACGUUCGCGGAUGCAGGGGCGAGGGUUGCGGCUGCGCAUGCGACGGUCGCGGAUGUGGGGGCGACAGUCGCGGGGGUGCGCAGGCGGCGGUCACGGAUUCGGGGCGAGGGUCGCGGUGCACAGGCGGCGGUCGCGGAUGCGGGGGCGACGAUUCGCGGGAUGUCGGAUCUGCUUCCGCUAGUGGGAAGCACCGCUGCAGCAAGGGCAAGGGUGGCAGGGGUGGUGGAGGUGGCAGCGGGGGUGGUGUGGGGGCAGCAGUGGAGGGUGGUGGAGGCAGUGGAGGUGGUGGCAGCGGUGGGAGUGGUGGCGGGAGUGGGGGCUUUGGUGGCGGUGGUGGAGGUAGCGGUGGGAGUGGCGGUAGUGGCAGCGGUGGGAGCGGUGGUGACCCAGGUAUAG